CAGCCUAUGACUUCCUAGUUUUAUUCGGAAAAAAACAUGGCAUCAUAUAUACCCGCUGAUUUGACAACAAUAUGUAAAGACACGAAUGAGGGACAAAGCAACAAAAAAUUAAGAUUUGUCCACUACGAAGAGCAGAAUUACCAAUAUGUCGCGCCAUCGCAGAAUCAACCAGCUCCAACGACAGAAAACGAAACGUUGACCUGUAGACCUUGUCCUGCAUCCUUGAAGUCAGAAAAAACAGAAGUUUUUUACCCAGAUGAUUACUAUCCAGAUUAUCUGCCAGAAAGUAGAACUCAACAGGUUGUUGCUCCAAAACCAGUUCCCCAGAAAAAGAAAGAGAAAUCAAAGGAAAAAAAGGAUCAAACUUGUCCUUCUCCGAAAGCCAAGGAGAAAAGGCUUGUGUCCUAUGAUAGGACAGAACCAGAGGAUGACAAUGUGAUUAGACAUAUCCUCAGGCUGAGAAGAAAGCUUGGGUGGCAGACAAAAUUACCGCACUGUAAGUUGGAUUACAGGAAUCACGAAACUACAGUUCAGAAGAUUACUGUAAAGAAACCUUUGGAAGAUGAUGGCGAGUUUGUAUAUUGCCUUCCUCGGAAAGACCCUAACGUCUUUUAUAAUCCAUACAAUCUUCAGGUGGUCUCUGCCCACAAAGCUAGAAAUUGCAAAGAAUUUUGGACUGUUACUGCUUCAUUCGUUUCAAAGGUUACCAAAAUAGGUGUCGUGGAAGAUGUAGAACUCAUACCUACUCUGGAAUGGCUAAUAGAAAGGAGAUGUUUCUACAUAUUACAAAAAUUCAAGGUCAUUUCUAAUUUUCGAAUGAAUAAAGCAUUUGUUACUUGGAAAUUGACUGUUAAAAGAAUUAAGACGGACAGAAGCAGGUCAUUUUUGUACUGCCAUCUUUUCUGGGCUGAUGAGUUAUUUCAAAGCUACUUGCUUUACGUAAAGGGACUUUGUGAAGAUGCUUUUAAUCGCAGAAAUGAUGAUGAAUGUGAAGAUAAUUCAUCUGCCAUGUGCCUUGUAAAGCUGAAUAAGUCUCGGACAUACUCCCUGGAUGAGUUUUGUGAGGAACAGUUACAGCAAGCUUCCCGCACAUUCAAACGACUUGAGGAUAUCAGGGAUAAAGCCAUUGCAGAAAUGAAAAGUACACUUUUAAAGGUGGCAGAAAAGGAAGAAAUUAGAGAAUUUUUUGAGUCAAGCUUCUCUAAAGAUGCCAGACCACAUAUCAAGCUGCCUGUAUAUCGACGUUUAUUAAAAAAAAUUUUGAGGUUUUUCAUGCUGGUUGACUACAUAUUUCAGGAGCUCAUCCGCCAGCUGAUGAACACUGCGGUCACUCUCCUUUUGGAAUUAUUUUAUAGUUCUGCUAGAAUGCCAUUUUCAGCGGAAAAAAGGAAUGAGAACCUAAUCAAAACAUACAAGGAUAUCUUUGCUCUUACUGGAAGGAUAACAAAUGAUUAUGAAGAACUUGUUAUUAAUUCAAACAUAUAUGCUACUUCUGUUCCAAAGUCGGACUUAAAAGCAGAAGCUGAUAUUAAUGAGGUGUUCAAUUCCAUUAAAUUGGAUAAGGACCUGGCAAAAUACGCACCGGUAUUUGAAGUCAGUCUACACUUGAGAAUUCCUUCUGAGAGGGAUUCUUCGAGCAGCUCCAGAGAGAGCUCCCAGGAGUCGGAGCAGUCCUCUGAGAAAUCCGUGCUGUACCAGGAGGAGGAAAUAACGGAGAGUGAAGUCAGCAGCGUCAAACCCUCAAGCGAUGAGCUCCUAAUCGUGCGGCCGAGACCCACGACGCUGAACCUUGUGGACAUCCUUUCAGAUAUAGAAGCCAUGGAUGAUUUCGAUAAUAAAACCGAGAACGAUGAAUUUUUAGAAUUCCCUACGAAUCUCUUAAUUGCUCCCAACAGACUGGACUUUUCAAUAAAAAUUCAGACUAUGCUGGCUGAUCUUGAGAAAUGCAUAACCCAAAUUAUUCCUCUUGACCAAGAUCCCCGCUUGUCUGAUUUUACUGAUCCGGAUUUAUUGAAUGCGACAGAAAGUGGCACAGAUGCUGAGGAGCAAGCCACAUGGCCAGAUUGUCAGAUCCUGUUUGAAAUGGACCCUGCCUACCAAAAUAAAAUUGUGUGUCUCCUGACCAUCCUGGGCAAUUCGAUGAACCUGGUGGACGGUUACAGCCGCAGGUUCAUAAAAUACUGCGUGAUGGUCGAGCGGGCCAAAGUCACGAGUAUGAAAAUAGCCCUGGUGGAAGAGCUGACCUCCGCGGAGUUCAGGACCAUCCUGGGCAAGUUCCUCCACUACCUCCGAGAGGUGGUCAGUAUGGUCACGGAGAAGCGCAUCGGCAUCUUCAACGUGGUCAGCGCCGACUACCAGUCGGAGUGCUUGCCGCACGUGCAGGACAUCCUGCAGACCAGCCAGGCCCUCCUGCGGUCCGUCAUCGAGAGGAAGAACACGCAUCUCCUGGAAGUUAUAGACUCAUCGUUGAAAAAACUGGAGUGUCAUCCCAUUGAAAUAGAAGAAUUUGUGGAACAUUUUACUUUUCUGGAUGCAAUUUCCUCCAGAAUAUCGCAGUUGGAGAAAGAGUACUCAACCAUUGCUCAGCUGUAUUCCGUUCUGAGCUACUACCAGGUCUAUAUUUCAGAAGAGCAAGUCGCCACCCAUAAAGUGCUGCUCAUCAGGUUUACUCAGCUGAAAAGCGCCGUGAAGCUAAGCAAACUGAACAAGGACGCUGCCAUUGGCAAGUUCCGAGACAACCUGGAAGCCUACGUCACCAGUCUGAGGACCGACGCCAGUAAUUUAAAGGCCAAAGUGAGGACGCCUGUCCUGUUACACAUGGGGACCCCGGUGUCCACUGCGAUGGAAAUGGUCCAAGCCUUCUCCCAGGAAGCCGCCACCCUCGCCAACAAGGUCCAGAUCUGCACCAACUACCAGGAGUCCAUCAGCGAGGCCCAGUCGCACCUGCACCAGCUGAACGUGGAGGAGCUCACCCAGGCGGUGGCGGCCGACAUCUCCGACAUCGACUACGAGCUGACCUUGAGGAAGAUCCUGUGGGAGGCGCAGGAGGAGUGGAGAGCGCUCUUCCAGGAGUGGCGGGCCAGCACCCUUCACGACAUUGACAUAGAAUCGGUGCAGAGCAAUGUGUCCAAGUGGCUGAGCCUGAUCUUGGUCCUGGAAAAAGACUUGCCCCAGAACAACAUGGUAGCGUUCCUGAAGCAGUCGGUGACCGGCUUUAAGCAAGAGCUGCCCAUCAUCAUCGCCCUGGGGAACCCCUGCCUCAAGCCCCGGCACUGGGAGGCUUUCCAGGAGAUCAUCGGGAAGUCCAUUACCCUCGAUAGAAACUGUACCAUCGAGAGUCUUCUCGUGCUCAAGAUGUGUCAGUAUGAAAAUGAAAUCAAUGAAAUCUCAACCUCAGCCACGCACGAAGCUGCCCUUGAAAAGCUGCUGUUUAAGAUCAUCGACCUUUGGAAGACGACCCCUUUGCACUUGGUCCUUCAUCACACGGAGACGGACGAGAUCCUCAUCAUUUCGUCUCUGGAUGACUUGCUCGCCCAGUUGGAGGAGUCGCAGGUCGUGCUCGCCACCGUGAAAGGGUCCUCGUAUAGCGAGCCCAUCAAGGGUCUUGUGGAUAAAUGGGAUCAAAAGUUGACUCUCUUCUCGUACACCCUGGAGGAGUGGGUGAACUGCCAGCGAUCUUGGCUUUACCUUGAACCCGUCUUCAAUUCUUUGGAGGUAAAAAGGCAGCUCCCAGCAGAAUCAGAACUCUUCUCUCAGGUGAUGGACAUGUGGAAGGAGAUCAUGCUAAAAAUCCAAAACAAGCUGAAUGCGUUGGGCAUAGCCAUCUCCUCGGGCGUCCUCGGGAUCCUGAGAAACUGUAACGUCUCUCUCGAACGUAUAAAGAAAAGACUGGAGGACUACCUUGAAGUUAAAAGGAUGAUUUUCCCAAGAUUCUACUUCCUUAGCAACGAGGAACUUCUCGCGAUCCUGGCGGGGAGCAGCGACCCCGAGUCCGUCCAGCCCCACCUGGUGAAAUGCUUUGAGAACAUCAAGCAGCUGCUGAUCUGGAAGCAGGAAAUCGGCCCUCCCACCGUGAUAAUGCUCAUCUCCAACGAAGGGGAGGCCCUGUUGCUGCCCAAGAAAAUUCGUGUAAGAAAUGCUGUGGAACAGUGGCUGGAAAAUGUAGAGAAGAGCAUGUUUGAUGUGCUAAAAAAAUUUGUGAAGGAAGGGAUCGAGGAAUGGAGCCGCCAGCAGUUUUCCAGCUGGGUGGUGUCUCACCCAGGACAAGUGGUGCACACCGUGAGCCAGAUCAUGUUUUACAACGAUUGCGCCAAAAGUUUCAUGAGUUCUGAUCCGAGAGAAGGGCUGGAGAAAGCCCACGCGGAUCUGAUACAGCGCUUAGAGCAGAUCGCGGAGCUGGUGGUGCUGGACACGAGCAAUGCUCGGACGAAGGUGGUCCUGGGGGCACUGAUCACCCUCUACGUUCACUGCAAAGACAUAGUGAGCGAUUUACUGCUUAAGAACAUCUUCAGCGCCGAGGAUUUCGAGUGGACAAGACAUCUGCAGUAUAAAUGGAACGAAAAACAGAUGUUGUGCUACGUCUCCCAAGGCGAUGCCAGGUUCACGUACGGCUACGAGUACUUGGGCUGCACCCCACGGCUGGUCGUCACGCCUCUCACCAACAGGUGCUGGCUCACUCUCACCGGGGCGCUGCACCUGAACAUGGGGGGCUGUCCUUCGGGCCCGAACGGCACGGGGAAAACCGAGAGUGUCAAAGACCUGGCCAAAUCCUUAGGUAAACACUGUGUCGUCUUCAACUGCUUUGAGGAUCUGGAUUAUAAGAUAAUGGGAAGAUUCUUCUUUGGACUAGUUCAGUCAGGAGCCUGGUUUUGUUUCGAUGAAUUCAAUCAGAUCGACGUGGAAAUCCACUCAGUGAUUGCCUCCCUGAUCCAAACAAUUAAGGCGGCUAAAGACAGCUACUCCGUCAGGUUUGAACUGGAAGGAAAGAAGAUUCGUAUCAACCUGUCCUGUGCAGUGUUUAUCACCGUGAACUGCGGGGACAAGGGUCACGUGGGUCUCCCCAAUACCUUAAAGUCCCUCUUCCGCCCGGUGGCCAUGGUGGUGCCCCAUUACGAAAUGAUUGCCGAGAUCAGCCUGUUGGCGGUCGGGUUCCAGUCUGCAAAGUCGCUCUCCAGGAAGCUGGUGAACCUGUACAGGCUGGCCAGCACGCAGCUCUCCCAGCAGGAUCAUUAUAACUUUGGCCUGAGGGCCCUGAAGACAAUUAUAACAAUGGCAGGAAAGAAGCGGAAGUUUAAAAGCGACACCAGCGACAGCCUCCCUGAGGCCGAGGAGACGCCGAUCAUCAUCGAAGCCGUGAGAGAAGCCAGCCUGCCCACGUGCACCGCCCGCGACGUCCUCCCUUUUGAGAACAUCAUCCGAGAUACUUUCCCCGAAGCCACCGUUUCUCAAGUCAGCCAGGCCGCCCUGGAGAAAGUAGUUGCUCUUGCGACACAGUUGUUGGGCUUACAGCAAUGGCCAGCUCAGAAGGAGAAAAUCAUACAGUUUCAUAACCAGCUUCAGGCUUGUGUUGGUGUGAUGUUAGUGGGUCCAACAGGUGGAGGAAAGACGACUGUCAGAAGGAUUUUAGAAAGAGCGUUAACGCUUUUACCAAUCGAAGAGUUAAUACUACGGGCUGAACUAAUGAACUCCAUUUCACAGAUUCCAGGAAGAAAGGGAAAAGUGGAUACUUGGAUUUUAAAUCCCAAGUGUGUCACGGUUUUCCAACUUCGUGCCUUUAAUACAUCAGAUGUCAGUGCUACUACGUUUAAGAAAGGGAUGGAGAAGGAGGUUCAAGUUACCGAAAGUGAGAAGUUCGAUUGGCAGUGGGUUGUCCUGGAUGGUCCCGUGGACAUCUUUUGGGUAGAAAGCCUGAACUCGAUGCUGGAUGACACUGGGACGCUGUGCCUCGCCAACAGCGAACGAAUCGCGUUAACUAAUAAAAUAAGAGUGAUUUUUGAAGUGGACAGUCUCGCUCACGCCAGCCCCGCCACUGUCAGCCGAUGCGCAAUGGUUUAUAUGGAUCCUGUUGACCUGGGAUGGGAGCCUUACGUGAAGUCGUGGCUUGCGAAAACAUCUAAAAUUAUGAGUCCCACAGGAGUGGACUGUCUUGAGUUCUUGAUUAAAAACAGUGUCAAAGAUGGGCUACAGUUUCUAGAGAAACAUCAGAAAUUUCAGCCACUUCCUGUCCAGAACAUCACCAUCGUUACAACGCUCUGCAGAAUUCUGGACGCCUUCUUUGAAUUCAUGGGUAAAAAUGGAGGCUUCGGACAAUGUGAAGACUCGAAGAACAUUGCAACUGAGAGAAGUUCUCUGCAUUUAAAAGUUCCUGUCAAACUCAAGAAAGUGGAAAAGAGGGCCGAGAGUCUGUGGUAUCUGGAGAAAUACCCCGACAAGCUAACGACAGUGCUUCAGAAGCUCUUCGUGUUUGCGUUCACUUGGGCAUUCGGAGGAACUUUGAAACGUGAAGACGAACAUGAAGACGAUGAGCUAAUGUAUUCAGGUUUUGAACCUGCUUCUCUUGCGAAAGUAACCUAUGACUUUGACCAUCUUGUUCACGAAUUGUUUGAAAGCCCAGAAGUAGGCAUAACCCUCCCAACUGGCGAGCCGUCUGUCUUUGGGUAUUUUGUGGAUCUGCAGCAGUGCGAGUUCAUCCGCUGGUCAGAACUGCUUCCCAACGUCCAGACUCUAAUUCAAAGAGGAACCUCAAUCCUAGUGGAUCCGCAAGGCGCCGGGGAAAGCAUCCUGAAGAUCACGGAAUACGGGGAGACCGUGAACCACACCGCCACCCGGGACACCACCUGCCUUUCCUUCCUCAUCAGCCUCCUUCUGAAGAGCUUCUGCCCUGUCCUUCUCACAGGAGAUUUUGGUAUUGGGAAAACCAGUGCCAUUAAACAGAUGCUGGCAAAGUUGGAGGGCUCAGGAGGAUUCGAUGUGAAAUAUGGGUCAAUUUUAGGAGAAGUCCUUUUAUAUAACGAAAUUAAAAAGUUAAGCCUGAGGCAGAACAUCAGCGCCUUGCUUUCCCAGUCUCCAAGGACCUCAGCUGGAAGUCAAGAUAAGAUUCCUAAGAAGCUGGGAAAAGUGGAAGACGGCUCCUUUAAAGAUCAUCACAAAGGAGUUAUCACCUCGACCAUCAAUUUUGGCAUCAAGAUGACCGCUGCCAAGGCCAAGGAGAUGCUCCUGAAGAAGCUGAGGAGGAUAAAUAAGGACACUCUCGGGGCCCCAAGGAACAACAGGAUUGUAGUAUUCAUUGACGACCUGAAUAUGCCGGAAGCAGAUAAGUACGGAGCACAGCCACCCCUGGAACUGAUCAGGCAACUACUGGACUUGGGAGGAGUUUUUGAUACUGAAAAAAUUGCGUGGAAGAACAUUCAAGAUCUCUCCCUCGUGGCAGCUUGCAUGCCUCCCGUGGGAAGGGGGCACAUCAGCCCACGCCUCCUCAAACACUUCUCCGUCCUCGUGUUGCCUCAUCCUCCACAGAGCGCCCUGCGGACUAUUUUCCAGGUCCAUUUGGGAAUGUAUUUCUCCAUCCAUAACUUCACCCCUGAGGUUCAGAAAAGUAAGGACCACAUAAUAUCUUGUUCUCUCGCUAUAUACUAUCAAGUCUGUCAGAAUAUGCUGACGACGCCAACGAAGUGCCACUACCUGUUUAAUCUCCGGGAUAUAUUCAAGCUGCUCCUGGGGCUGCUGCAAGCUGACAGGGCCAUCGUUGACUCCAAGGAGAUGGCUGCCCUGUUCUUCGUCCACGAAGCCGCCCGGGUGUUCCACGAUCGCCUGGUCGAGCAGGCGGAGAAGCGGCUCUUCUACCAGUUUCUCUCGAAGGAGCUGGACAGCUACUUCCAGAUCCAGUGGACCACAGAAUCCAUGAUGAGCGACUCCACCGUCUUUGUGGAUUUCCUGCGGAUAAACAAGUCUCUUAGGAAAAAGCUGUACCAGAACACCAACGACUACAAUAAGCUGGCCAGGGUGCUCAGCGAGUUCCAGACCAAGAUCCGCUCAACCUCAGAGAUUCCUCACUCCAUGGUGUUCUUCAAGGAGGCCAUAGAGCACAUUGCCAGGGCCGCGCGGAUCCUUCGGCAGUCGGGGACUCACAUGUUAUUGGUUGGCAUAGACGGAUGCGGGAAGGAGACUUGUACGAUCUUGGCCUGCUACUUGACAGACCACAAACUCUACCACGUGACUGUGUCUCAGAACUAUUCCUACGUGGAAUUCAAAGAGGACUGUAAGAAGGUGUUUGUCCAGGCAGGAUUAGAAGGGACCCCCACUGCUCUGGUCUUGGCUAAUUUAAGCCUAGAUCAGGAGGCCUUCCUGGAGGACCUGAACAGCAUCGUCAGUCUGGGGGACGUGCCUGACAUAUUCGAAAAGGAGGAGCUGGACUCGCUCGCCCUGCGGAUCCGGUCUCUGGCCGAAAAGACCGGCUACGUGGACAACAGGCAGGCCGUCCUGUCCUUCUUCCAGAAGAGAAUACGUAAAAGUUUGCAUAUUUUUAUGAUCGUGAGUCCCACGGGACCUAACUUCCGCCAGAACUGCCGCGUGUAUGCCUCUAUGAUUAGCUCCUGCACAAUCGACUGGUACGAGAGGUGGCCGGAAGAGGCGCUCCUGGUUGUAGCCAACUCUUUCUUGAGAAAAAAUGUGGCUUUAGAGAACAGAGAGAACUUAACGGAAAAACUUGCCCCCACGUGUGUCCAAAUCCACCGAAGCGUGAAAGACUUGAGCACAAAAUUCUUCCAAAAAACCGGGAGGCGAUAUUACGUGACCCCCCGAAACUACCUGCGAUUCAUGGACACAUUUGCACACAUUUUGAGGUCACGCGAGAAAGAAUUGCAAACGAAGAGGGAUCGCUUCUACAUGGGCCUGUCCAAGAUCCUGGAGGCCAGGGCUCUGGUCACAGACAUGCAGGAGGAGCUCCUGAUUGUCACCCCUCAGAUAGAACAGAAAACAAAGGAAAAAGAAAACUUAAUGGAAAAACUACAGAAGGACUCCCAGGUAGUUGAGAAAGUCCAGAUGCUCGUUAAACAGGACGAAGAGAUCAUGGCAGAAGAAGUCAGGAUUGUGGAAGAGCACGCUCAGACAACGGCCAAUGAACUGAAAAGCGUCCUGCCGGCUCUGGAAAAGGCCACCUUGGCUCUCAAUGCCCUGGAUAAAGCCGAUAUCUCUGAGUUGAGAGUCUACACGCGCCCCCCUAACCUGGUCCUGACCGUCAUGAACGCGGUGUGCAUCCUCCUGCAGAAGAAACCUACCUGGGCUACGGCCAAGCUACUGCUCUCGGAGACUGGCUUCCUGAAAAAGCUGGUUCAGCUCGACAAGGACCGGUUACCCGAUAAGGUGUUCAUAAAGCUGAAGAAGUUUUUAACCUUACCCGACUUCCACCCCAAAAAGAUCGCCCACGUGUCCGUCGCCUGCUGCUCCAUGUGCGAGUGGAUCAUAGCUCUGAACAACUACCACAACGUCCGGAAGGUGGUGGGCCCGAAAGAGAUCCAAGUCACCGAAGCCCAGAACGUUCUAAGAAUUUCGCAACAAAGGUUGGCAGAGAAACAAAGAGGUUUGCAGCUGGUCGAAGAACAUUUGCAGGUUUUGCGUGCCGCCUACAGAGAUAUCGUUGCUGAGAAAGACGUACUAGCAGGUCGCAGACAGCUCGCCAUGAGGCGCAUGUACUGUGCGUCUGUGCUGCUCACCGCCCUGGGAGAUGAGAAGACUCGAUGGCAAGAAACAAUCGAUCAGAUAGACAGCAAGUUGGAAGGGAUUGUGGGCGACAUCCUGAUUUCAGCAGCGUGCAUUGUCUACAGCGGAGUAUUAACAGCAGAAUUCCGCGAGCUGAUUGUGAAUGAGUGGGAGAAUCUUUGCACUAAAAACAACAUUUCUUUGUCUUCUCGCUUUUCUUUAAUCGAAGUCAUGGCACAAACACAGCAGAUCCGCCAGUGGCAUCAGCAGGGGCUGCCUCUUGGUCAGUAUUCAACGGAGAACGCCAUCCUGAUCCAGAACGGCCUGCCCUGGCCUCUGCUGAUUGACCCCCACGAGCAAGCAUAUCACUGGAUCCGCCAGAUGGAAGGGCCGCGGCUGCAGGAGCGCUCCAUCCGGGACAGCGAUUACAUCAGGACGAUUGAAAAAGCUAUACAGGCAGGAGGGAGUGUCCUCCUGCAGGAUCUCCCUGAAACCUUGCCUGCAAAUCUGAAGGGGAUUUUGAAGAAGGACAUCUACCAGAGAAGAGGCCAGUCUUUCAUCCGGGUCAAUGAUUCUGAGAUUGAAUAUAAUUCCAAAUUUAGGUUAUACUUAUCGACAGAAAUAGACAACCCGCACUUCCCUCCCGCCGUCUAUAACUCCGUCAGUGUGGUCAACUUCACCGUGACCUUCCAGGGUCUGCAAGAUCAGCUCCUGUCCACCAUCGUCACUCACGAAGUCCCUCACCUGGAAAACCAGCGCUUCCAGCUGCUGGAGAGCAUUUCCCUGGAUGCGAUGACCCUUGAAGAACUGGAGGAAAAAACGCUGAAUUUGCUGGAGAACACAGAAGGAUAUGUACUAGAUAACGAGGAAAUUGUGGACACCUUGAGAAAAUCCAAGAUCACUUCCAAUGAAAUCUCCAAGCGCAUCAGCGAGACAGAAAAAGCAGAAAGCGAGAUCCAGGCAACGCGUAAAAACUACCUCCCCAUCGCCACCCGGGGCGCCCUGCUCUACUUCGUCGUGGCCAGUCUCACCCAGAUCAGUCACAUGUACCAGUUCUCCCUGGACUGGUUCCGCCAGGUUUUCCUCUCGUCGGUCGUUUCCAAAAGCAAAGAGCAGGAAGAACACGGGUCGACGAGGGAGAAAAUCCCUCCCAAGAAAGUUCACGAGCUUGGAAGUCUCUCCAAAGAGGCCAAGUUGAAACCGGAAAAACCUCCCUUGGAGAGGCACCUUAAAAAUUCCAUCGAGGUGCUGACCAUGAAGAUAUUUAAGGUGGUCUCUGCAGCGCUGUUCAACCAGCACAGACUCUGCUUCGCCUUCCUGCUUUGCGCCGCCAUCAUGAAGAACAGCGCCAGCGAGGGCCCGCCCGCGGACGGCCUGGGGUCCCUCCCAGAGGAGGAGUGGACCCUCUUCCUGUACUCGAGCACCUUGAUAAACACCGACAGCGUGAUGCCGCACCCCCGCCUUGAUCGCCUGUAUGAAAUGGACAGGGGCAGGCACCUGCGCUGGGUCUCGCACGCCAGGUGGAGGCAGUGCCGGUACCUCAGCCAUCAGCUGGAAGCCUUCUCUGCCCUGUGCCGGUCCCUGCUGUUCAACUGGUCCCAGUGGAGCGCUUUCCAAGCCAGCACGGCCCUGUACGCUCUGCUGGGCACACCUUUCUCUGCAGAAAGGGCUUCCCCGGAGGAAAGCGAGAAAUCGCCCGAGGAGACUGAACUUCUGAAUGAACACAAAGAAGUACAUCGUCCUGUAAAUUUCCCCUGGGAGAAACUCACUCCGUUUCAAAGACUUAUUUUGAUAAAAAUUCUCAGACCAGAGCGUUUGAAGAACUCAGUGAGAAAGUUUCUGACCGAAAAAAUAGGAAGUGAGUAUAUUCACAGAACCGGAAUUAAUCUGAAAGAAUCCUAUCAAGUUUCCAACGCCAGGACUCCAGUGAUACUCAUUCACUCGCAAGGGGUGGACGUCAUCAACACCCUCCUGAAAUUCGCCCAGGAGCUGAAAGGAACCACCCAGCAUGUGACCAUGAUUUCUCUGGGCCAAGGCCAGGCAGCGAAAGCGGAAGACCUCAUCGCGGACGCCCUCGCCAAGGCCGGGCAGUGGGUCUUCCUGCAGAACUGCCACCUCGCCGCGUCCUUCAUGCCACGGCUCUGCACCAUAGUGGACUCACUCAAUAAUCCAAAUGUAACGGUAGACCCCGAGUUCCGGCUGUGGUUAAGCUCAGAAUCGGACAGCUCUUUGCCAGUUUCCCUUCUUCAGAAGAGUUUAAAGAUCGCCGUGGAGAUGCCCAUGGGGCUGAAGAGUAAUUUACUGAAGACGCUUGGACACGACGGCAGUGGAGAGGUGACGGAAGAAAUAUUUGAAAAACCCAACUGCGGCCCCUGGUGGAAAAAGCUCUUGUUCAGCCUGUGCUUCUUCAACGCUCUGAUCAACGAGAGAAGGAAAUACGGAAUGCUGGGCUGGAACGUCGACUAUGAAUUCAAUCCCUCAGACUUCGAGGUGGCCGUGAAGAUGCUGGAGAACACCCUGACCGCCCAGCCGGCCGUGCCGUGGCAGAAGCUGCGCUACCUGCUCGGGGAGGUGGUGUACGGGGGCCAGGUGACCGACCCCUGGGACCAGCGCUGCCUCAACACCCUGCUCUACAGGUUCUGUAACCCUGACGUGCUGACAUGCGACUUCAGCUUCUUCAGUGAGGAGAUGUGCGCGCCUGAAUCGGCCAGCCUGCAGGCCUACCGACGCGCGGUCCAGGCCUUGCCCGACGACGAGCCCGCCGAGCUGCUGGGGCUGCACCCGGAGGCCACCCGGGGCUGCCGGGAGGCGCAGGCCCAGAGCUUCAUGGACCACCUGGUGGCCCUGCAGCCGAGGACGGGGCCGCCCAGCCUGGUCAUCAGCCGGGAGCCCAGCAGCGACGAUCUGGUGAUGGAGAUGGUGUCAAAUGUGCAGAAGCGGCUGCCGAUGACGGUGGAGAAGGAGGAGAGGAGGGGCACCCAGAGCACGCUGCGGAGCAUCAUGGCGGGCACCGUGUGGGAGGCGCUGAAUAAAGGCCUGGAAGGCUACGACCCCCUCAUCCACUGUGUCUUGCUGUCCUUUUUGAAGCAAGAAAUCGAACGCUUUGAUAAGCUGCUGCUGGUCAUACAUGAAUCCUUGAAAGACCUUCAGCUCGCUAUCAAAGGAAAGAUCGUCCUCACCCCGGAGCUGGAGGAGGUCUACAACUCUUUUCUUAAAGCCAGAGUGCCCGAGCUGUGGCAGAAACACGCCUACAAGUCGUGCAAGCCCCUGGCUUCCUGGGUUAACAACCUCAUCCAGCGACUGAAUUUCUUCAACACCUGGGCCAAGAUGGCUUACACGGCCAUCUACCACCGGUAUAUGAGGUUUAUCUUGGCCUGGAAGCACUCUAGCACCAGCCCCAAACUUGAAAAGAAUUUCUUUGAAGGGUUUCCUGCAAGAUACUGGCUCCCGGCUUUCUUCUUUCCACAAGCCUUCCUGACCGCUGUGCUGCAGGACUACGGGAGGGCCCACGGCAUCUCGACGGACGCCCUCACCUUUACCCACCAGGUGAUCCCCAGCACCAUUGGCUCCAAAGAGGAGGAGUUCUCCAUCAUGGUCCAGAAGACGCUCAACCUCGUCAGGAGAGCCUUCAAGAGCACAGACUCCUCACACAUCGGGGCUCACAUUUUUGGAUUAUUCAUCGAGGGAGCAAGGUGGAAUCCCGAAGAGAAGAUACUAGAGGACUCGCUGCCUCGCGAGAUAUGCUGCGAUUUCCCGGAAAUCUACUUCCUGCCGACCAAGGUUUCCACCGAGACACCAGCCGCUGCUAACCCGCCGGAGUCGGAAGGCCACACCUUCGAGUGCCCAGUUUAUCAGACGCCUCAGAGGUCGUCCAUUUCCACAACGACCGGCUCCCCUUCGAACUGCUUAACGUCGGUGUUCUUGCCCACAAGGAGACCGCCCAGUCACUGGAUCACCAUGCAGGUCGCCCUGCUGUGUGAGAAGAAGGCGAAAUAAACUCCC